AUGCUCAGCUUCUCACAAUCAUUAACCGAUUCCCUUCCGGCCAGCUGGAGGAAACGCAAGCGGGACCAUGAGGAUAGCACAGCAUUGACACGGCCGUCCGCCUUAAUUCCAUUUCGUAUCGAACGCUCCGACUGUGACAGCAACUGCUCUCUACCCCUGGCCCGACACCCAUCAGAGGCCGGCGACCUGUCCUUCCGCCCCCGCUGUCUUCCUCGCAAACGCCGACACGUUGUCCAACCCCCCUAUCUCACUCUGCCAACACACCAGCAAUCAUUCCUCUCUCCCAACGCCUAUGCCUCGCCACAAGACCCUUACUCACCGCCAGUGUCGCCCAAGACCGUCUUACCACUUUCAUACCCCUCAACCUCCCCAUCUGCGCUGCGUCCAUGUCAUAUCUGCCACCGACGGCCCACCACUCGACAAGUUCUCGAUGCCUAUGCAGAUUGUGACCUCUGCGGCGAACGGGCUUGCUUUAUCUGUCUCCGCCAAUGCGAUGCUAUCGAAUGUCCCGGCUCCUUCCCUGCAAGCCGAGGUGAACCCCAUCUAUUGAGCCCCAGUGAAGAUUUCGACGGAAGCUCGGCCCGACGACGAAAUAUUUGCUCCGGUUGCGCGGUAGAAGGUAUCACUGAGACCGGGGCCGAGAUCGUACGAUGCUUGGACUGCGUACAGGGCCAUCCUACGCCGUGGUCCAACAGCUCCACGCCAUCUGGAUGGACUCUGGAUGCGAUGAAUCAUGAUAUCAUGGGCGGGUAA